GGUAUUUGUGCUUGUAGAUUUUAUGGCUGCUUCUGCUGGUGGGUGAAAGGUUUGUACAUGGUGACUGGAAAAGUGAUUUCUAUUCACGCACCAUGUUAGAAGCGAAGUUUCACUCCGUUUGCUAUAACUAUCGACUUCUUGAUGAAUCCAGGCUAACUUCAAGGUAGCAGAUGCAGGAUUUAUUUUUAUCUGAUGUUAUGGAUCAUCAACCUGCUGUAAUGAAAUAUGUAACACAAAAUACACUGGAUUUAUUUCAUUCUGAUCACUUAGUGCGAAUAUGUGCGCCUAUGGUUCGAUAUUCAAAGCUGGCCUUCAGGACACUGGUGAGAAAGUAUGACUGUGAUUUAUGUUAUACACCAAUGAUCAUUGCAGCUGAUUUUGUCAAAUCUGUGAAAGCGAGGGACAGCGAAUUUACAACAAACCAAGGUGAUCGUCCACUUAUAGUUCAGUUCGCUGCAAAAGAAGCACAGGUUUUAGCAGAUGCUGCAAGCCUUGUUUCUCCAUUUGCCAGUGGAAUAGACCUCAACUGUGGCUGUCCUCAGAGGUGGGCAAUGGCUGAAGGCUAUGGAGCUUGCUUGAUAAAUAACCCUGAGUUGGUUAGUGAUAUGGUCAAACAAGUACGCAAUCAAGUUGGUGAUCCAGGGUUUACUAUAUCUAUUAAGAUCAGGAUCCAUGCAGACAUUUCAAGAACAGUUGAUCUCUGCCGAAAGGCCGAAGCAGCUGGUGUAUCAUGGAUUACAGUACAUGGACGAACUCAUGAUGAAAGACAUCAGCCAGUACACUAUGAUGCAAUAAAAAGCAUUAAAGAAAGCUUGUCUAUACCUGUUGUUGCCAAUGGAGAUGUUAAAAGUUUAAAAGAAGCAGAGAAUAUUCGUGAGAUAACGGGGGCAGAUGGUGUAAUGGCUGCCAGGGGGCUUCUAGCUAAUCCUGCCAUGUUUGCAGGGUAUGAAGAAACUCCACUGGCCUGUAUACAAGACUGGAUUGACAUUACACUGGAACAUGGGACCCCUUUUACAUGUUUGCAUCAUCAUUUGAUAUAUAUGAUGGAAAGGAUAACGUCAAAACAAGAGAAGAGAGUUUUUAAUGUCUUAUCUAGCACAUCUGCUGUUUUAGAUUAUUUAAGAGAUCAUUACGGAAUACAAUAGAAAAUAGUGCAGGUGAUGUUGAAUAGGCCUCUCAAAAUAUUGAUGCUAAUUUAUUAUUAUACAUGAUUUAUUUUACAAGCAGUACUAAUGCAUGUCGCUUGUAAAAAGAAAUCAAUAUUUUAAGCAUUUGAUAAUUUAUUUUUUUAUCAUUCCAGCAUACAAUAUAAUUGUCUGAAUCCUUUCCUCCAGCAUGUGAUGGUUCAGGAGCAAGUCUUUAGACAGAUAUUAGUUGAGUACUAACAUGCUGUGAAAAUGAAUGCAUUCAUGCUCAAAGCAUUCAAACCCAUUUUUUAAGAAAUAACAAAUUUUCAAUUUAUCAAUUUGUCACAAAAGAGUUACUAAAUGAGAAUAAAAACAUGGAACGACUGGGAAACAUAAAUUCCCUAAAUUGAUAUUUAAUAAGUCUACCCCAUAAGACCCAUGCCUUUUAUAAAGAAUAUUAAUUCAUUUAAUUGCAUUAGCCAUUUUAAAUUGGAAAGCAAAACAUGAUAGAAACAUGUUUUUCUUUUAAAGUUUUAUUACAACAAUUAAAAGAGCUGCCAUGUUGCAGUGGCUUUAAUUGGACAAUUUUUACUGUUUUUCUAAAAUGUAUAUUUUAAAAAUAAAUUUGUUUUGUCUUUUC